UGGAAGGUGCUGAGGCUGGAGUCACCGCCAUUUUGAAGUGACCAGGUUUCCCCCCCUCCCCUCCACUCUUUGCGUGUGGAGAGCUCCGAUCGGCUGAGGAUGCCAGCCCCUAUCAGACUGAGGGAGCUAAUCCGGACUAUCCGGACAGCCAGGACUCAAGCUGAGGAGCGAGAGAUGAUACAGAAGGAAUGUGCUUCAAUUCGAUCUUCAUUCAGGGAAGAAGAUAAUACUUACCGCUGUCGAAACGUGGCAAAACUACUGUACAUGCACAUGUUAGGAUAUCCUGCACACUUCGGUCAGUUGGAGUGCCUAAAGUUGAUUGCCUCUCAGAAAUUUACAGACAAACGGAUUGGUUAUCUUGGUGCUAUGUUGUUGCUUGAUGAAAGGCAAGAUGUACACUUGCUCAUGACAAACUGUAUUAAAAAUGACCUGAACCACAAUACUCAGUAUGUGCAGGGCUUGGCACUCUGCACUCUUGGCUGUAUGGGAUCAUCAGAAAUGUGUAGAGAUCUUGCAGGUGAAGUGGAAAAGCUACUGAAGACGUCAAACUCUUACUUGAGGAAGAAGGCAGCAUUGUGUGCAGUUCACGUAAUCAGAAAAGUGCCUGAGCUGAUGGAAAUGUUCCUACCAGCGACUAAAAACCUGCUGAAUGAGAAAAAUCAUGGUGUCCUUCACACAUCUGUUGUUCUACUCACAGAAAUGUGUGAACGAAGUCCUGACAUGUUAGCACACUUCAGGAAAAAUGAAAAGCUUGUUCCUCAGCUUGUUCGAAUCCUGAAAAACCUUAUUAUGUCUGGUUACUCACCAGAACAUGAUGUCUCUGGCAUUAGUGAUCCCUUUCUUCAGGUUCGAAUACUGCGUUUACUACGAAUGUUGGGUAGAAAUGAUGACGACUCAAGUGAAGCCAUGAAUGACAUUCUUGCACAGGUUGCAACAAACACAGAAACCAGCAAAAAUGUGGGUAAUGCAAUUUUAUAUGAAACAGUUUUGACAAUUAUGGACAUCAAAUCGGAGAGUGGAUUGAGGGUUUUAGCCAUAAAUAUCUUGGGACGAUUCUUGCUUAAUAAUGACAAAAAUAUAAGGUAUGUAGCACUGACGUCGCUGCUUAAAACAGUCCAAACAGAUCAUAAUGCAGUCCAAAGACAUAGAAGUACAAUCGUGGAUUGUUUGAAGGACUUGGAUGUAUCUAUUAAAAGGCGUGCAAUGGAACUGAGCUUUGCUCUAGUAAAUGGAAAUAAUGUUAGAGGAAUGAUGAAGGAAUUGCUCUAUUUCCUGGAUUUGUGUGAUCCUGAAUUCAAAGCUGAUUGUGCCUCUGGCAUCUUUCUUGCAGCAGAGAAGUAUGCACCAUCCAAAAGAUGGCACAUAGACACAAUAAUGAAAGUGUUAACAACGGCUGGCAGUUAUGUAAGAGAUGAUGCAGUGCCCAACUUGAUCCAGUUGAUCACCAAUAGUGUUGAAAUGCAUGCCUACACAGUACAGAAACUUUACAAAGCUGUCCUGGAAGAUACGUCUCAGCAACCUCUCGUGCAGGUUGGUGCUUGGUGUAUGGGAGAGUACGGUGACCUUUUAGUUUCUGGACAAUGUGAAGAGGAGGAACCUAUUCAGGUGACAGAAGAUGAAGUUAUGGAUGUAUUAGAAACUGUACUACAGUCAAACAUAUCGACAUCUGUAACAAGAGGAUAUGCUCUCACUGCAAUUAUGAAGCUUAGCACAAGGUUUACCAUAAAUGUAAAUCGAAUUAAGAAGAUAAUAUCUGUGUAUGGAAGCAGUAUAGAUGUGGAACUUCAGCAGAGGGCUGUUGAAUAUAAUGCGCUUUUCAAAAAAUUUGAUCACAUGAGAUCUGCACUGUUGGAACGAAUGCCUAUAAUGGAGAAGGUAACUAAUGGACCUACAGAAACUGCACAAACUAAUGGAGAGGCAGAGCCUACAAUAGUGGAACCAAAAUUGGCACCCAGUGCUACUCAACCUAGUAAUCAGGCUAAUGACUUGUUAGACUUGCUUGGAGGAAGUGAUGUGACACCAGCGAUUCAGACUGCACCACCCAGUAAAUCAAACACAGCUGGUGGAGAGCUUCUGGAUCUGUUAGGAGGGCUGGAUCUAACAGGUGGAGCCAUGCCAAUAAAUACUCAAGCGCCACAAGUUUCGCAGCCUCCCUUUCUAUUGGAUGGUCUAGCAUCACAACAAGUCUUCAAUGAUUUGGCUUCAGGCAUUCCUCCUGUCACAGCAUACUGUAAAGGUGGCUUAAAAAUAGAAUUCAACUUCGAGCGUUCCAACACAAAUCCCAAUGUAACUGUUGUUACAAUUAGUGCUACCAACUCCACAGAAGGAGACAUGACUGACUUUGUAUUUCAAGCUGCAGUACCAAAGACAUUUCAGCUGCAGCUUCUUUCUCCAAGUAAUAACAUAAUUCCAGCACGAAAUGCAGGAGCUGUUACACAGGUUAUUAAAGUGCUUAAUCCACAGAAGCAACAACUUCGCAUGAGGAUAAAGGUCACAUAUAACCUCAAUGGAUCACCAGUGCAAGAUUUAGCAGAAGUAAAUAACUUUCCCCCUCAGUCGUGGCAGUGAUGUUUGGGUGGCAACGACCUCUUUUCCACAAGUGGAUUUUGGUAAAUCUUUGGGAAGGUCAUAUCCUAAGAGUGCCCUUACGCACAACAUCAUAACAUGUAUCUCAGCCCUCAGUGCGGGAGGCAAAAUUAAUGAACAAAGUCUGAGGAAUAUCAUGCCUACAAAUGCUAAUCACUUUUCAAAACACAUCCAUAUUAGUCUCAUCAGCAUCAUGUUCAUCGUUGGAGUAUCUGCUUGUGGUACGCACUACACAUCUUCCUGCUUUUAUCCCACAGAUCUUUGCAGAACUUGGAACAUUUGCACAGAAUAGUGAACCAGUUGUCAGUAUGUGCCCAGCAGCUUUGCAAGAUUUCAGAGCACAUAAGAAGCUAUUGUUUUCGAUUACUCACCAAUCACAUUUACUAGGAACUUGAGGGGAGACCAUUAUAAAUUGGUUGCAGUAGGUUCUAUACUGUAAUGAUUAUCAAACCAUUCAACAAAGGAUCUCAAUAAAAUGUACAACAGUCUUAAAAAGCCCUCUCUUGGCAUUUAACCUGUGAACAAUACAAGUAUUUAAUUGGAUGAUGACCUUCAGCAUUUUCUCAUCUUUAAUCUAUUUCUAAUGGGUGAGGAUUGCUGAUGUUUACUCAGUCAGAAAAGUGCCAGUCAGUUCACUUACUGAAUUUUGAUAGAGGUCUUAAGUGCCCGUGACAAUCUGAUUUUUGCAGCAAAGAAUCUUUAGUCACAUCAUUGUUCUCUUGAGCAAUAUGACUUCCUGCCUUGAUUCUUUUCAAAAGCAUAAUUUUUUAAAUAACCUUAACAAUCUCAAAAGUUUGAAUCACAUUUUUAUACAAGUCCUUAAAACUAGUACUUUGAUACAAUUCCAUCUGCACUGUGACUAGUUUAGGAAAUGUUACUUUUUCACUUCUCUAGAAUGGAAAGAGUUAGAUUCUUGGUCCCCUCUGUUUUCCUAUUGUAAGAUUAAUUUCCAUAAAACAUAACUGCAAAAUAUUGGCAGUCAAACAUUUCAGCCUCCUCUCAAAGUCUAAUGCAUUAAAGGUCAAUGAUAAAAUUUGUUUCUCUUAACUUCAUGUAUAUUGUGAUAUACAUUUGUACAGUUAUUAAAUUAUGUAAUUACUUCUGGAGGUUUUGACUUCAAAUUUGGUUCAAUAUAAGUUUUGCACCAGAUGAUUAGCAUUUUGUCAGUUGAUAGAGUCCACUUGAAUGUUUGGAAGUUCCUUUUUGGAAAAAAUAUGAUUAAAACAGACUGAUAGUCUACUCGAUUUUAUUAACUUAAAAUUACAGAACUUCUCAUGUAAGUAAAUCGGUGCACUAAUUUGCUGUCUUAAAGGCAAUUAGGGUUAAAUUAACAACAAAUACUUCGGGCAGUUUAUGAUUCUAUUUUUGGAUGAAUUAAAAGGGAUACUGCAAUUUAAAUCUUGAGAUUUACCUAACUAAAACUGAGAAUUGAUGAAAAAUGACUCCUAAACAAAAAUGACUCCCCUUUCAGUGUGAUGUUUAAAAGUAGCUUAUAACAUUGGAAUUUUUUGGAAAUGAUAGAGUUUUCCAAUGCAAAGAAAAACUGCUCGCCUCGCCUUUUAUGGGUAUGGUUUCCAACUGCCAUCUUAGUUGAGCUUUUAAAUAGUGGGUGAAGAAAAGAGAAAUUCUAUUUAAUUUUAUCAGAAUAAAAUAUGUUGGACAGGUUGAGAAGUCCAGAAUGUAUAGGGCAAUUGAUGGUGUGUAUACUUGAUGCUCUUAAUGUAUGUAACUGCAAAAGUGCUGCUGUUUCAAUAAAUGUGUAGGGAGGAGCAGAAGUUGCAUUUUUAAAUUGAGGCUACUGCAAAACAUGGCAAACUGUUCUGAUCUUUGAGGGGAGUUAGAUUUAACUGUAUAUGCUAAUUUGUAUGCACAGUAUACAAGUUGGAGUGUGUUUGCAAGAUCACAUGAAAUUAACAUUCAUCAAAUCAGUUGAAUUGUAUUGGGAAAUGUGAGACUAGUUUCUUUGUUUAAUAUGAAACCAAUUAAUACAAUGGACAAAAGUUGGUUUUCUAUUGUGUUGAAAGAACGAACUUAUAGGAUUAAAAAUAUUUUCAUAAUGUAGUCUCUGAUAAAUGAAAUUAUUGCCAUAUUUAAACGGAGGAUCUGUGCUUUACACUGAUUUAUCUUGAUCCUAUGGAUGGAGGUAAAGUGGGUAUUUCUGUGUAUCUGAUGUCCAUGUUGAGCAUUCUUGCUUAGUUAUGUAUGUAACAGCACUGACUGCAAGAAAACACUCACCUCAUCAAGAAUGUGAAUUACAGUAAUUGUCACCUUUCAUCAUUGCAAAAGUUAUUCAGUGAUAAUUGAUGCAUUUCAUUUAAUGGUUCGUCUGAUCUGAUCACAUCACUAUCUUAAUGGAUUUCAUUUAUUUUGGAUAACUUUUUAAAAGAAAAGCUGUAGUCAAAGUUUAAUUUUGAGUUGAUGGCAAUAGUAAAUUGAUCUAAUCUAAUGACUUCCCAUACCAUUUAAAACUAAAUGUGAGCCAAUUUUCUCAUUCAGUGGAAUGCUCUUUUGUAAUUUUAAUUUAUUUUGAAAAGUGAAACUAUCUAUGUGAAAACUUCCAAAUAAACUGGUUAAGAAAGUGACAGUAGUUACAGUCGUACUCUCUUCACCAGUAACUUUGAAUCAUAAUACAUGCAAAGUUACUUUUAGGUUCUAAUAGACUUUUAAUGAAUAGAAUCCUAGAAAAUAGGCAAUAAAUUUUUGCUCCUAGAAAAAUUUAAGUGCAUUACUAUAGUGUCCCCCCGUUGGAGUUAUUAAUUGAUGGAAUGGUUACUUAAGCCUCUAAGAGGUUGAAAAGAAAUUUCCAUUAAGAUACCAGCAGUGACCAUAUUAUGUAUAUUUAUUGCAUGUUGGCAGUUACGUUACUGCAUGUUUGAUGACAAAUACCUAACCACUCUUAGAAAUGUUUUCUUUUCAUUUUAUUGUUGGGUGUGUAUGUCAGUUUAGAGUAUCUUUUCAGUUAUAACUUCUGAAAUUGAAUCACGACCUGUCAUUUAAUAACUUCCUGUUGAACAGGGGUACAAUGAUUUUUGAGAAAGCGGAGAUUGAGAUUUCCUACCUGUGAUAGUGAUCAUGACCUCAAUUUGUAUCCUUUUGUGACUUUAAGCUUUUCUACAACUGUCAGCUCUCAUUAUCUGUGGCCCUCAAUUGUAAUGGAUUAGCAAACAAUCAGAUUGGGGAGGGGAGGGGGGCAAGAAAUAAAUCUUGAUUUUGGCUGUUUUGAUCAUAAAUAUGCUUUUUAUUCACUUGUUUUACCUUUGGGUUUUCUACUUCGGUCCUGAUCAGUUAGUUUAAUCAACCGGAAAUUGAAUUCUCCAGUAUGAGACAUUGUUCCACAUCAUUCAAAAUAAUUAUACAUCUUUAUCAAUAUCGGUGAAAUAAACCAGUUUUCUUCAAAAAAGAAAUUGAAUUCACCUCUGUUAGAAAGGUUGAAAGGAAUUCUAUAUAUUUUUUAAUUGGUUUUGAAAAAUUUAGCUACUGUAUAAGAUUGUCUUUUAAGUAUUCUUGAUAAAAAUUGUUAUCCAAAAUAUAGCAACUCCACCUACCUGUUAGCUCUUUCAAAUGGCCAAGUUACAAAUAUUUGCUGUGUUGACUAUUGUUCAAAUCCAUUAUAACACGAUUUUUUAAACUUUGAUUAUUUAAGCAGCAAAUCACAGACAGGGGUCAAUAUUAAAAUGAGUGAAAAGCAGAUCCAAGAACUCUAUACUGUUGGAUAGAGACUUCAGUAUGAAAGGAAAAAUAAGGUUGGAGCCUUAAAUCCGAAAGGAAACAUUGUAAUUAAAUAUUUGAUUUGCGCACCUCCUGCAGACUGGGAAGAAUAUAUAAACACCUUAAGAAAUUGAGAAGUGGAUAGGUAAGCUUCAGAAAUAAGGCAGACGUUUUAACUACUGAUUAAAUUCCUUUUAUUUGCUGUGCAAUAGCAUUGAAGAAAUGUGGAUCAGCUUGUUUUCAGGUUCCAUGUUGAUCUGUCAACCAAUCUCUGCUUUGGAUUUUUGUGCUGUAAACUGGCUUUUUCUGCACUAGCACCUUUACCAUUCUAUAUAGACUCCAAAUUUGAACCUGUUGUUUUGUCACAUGGCUUCAAAGUUCCAUAUCAGUCCUGCCUCCAUUUCUUUCACUGGACCAUGUGUAGCAAGACAUAUGUGCAUUAAUCCUGGAGAAAUUGUUUUCAUUGAUUCUGUUCGUAUAGGGUGUAAAUUAAUCUUUGUGGGACUAUUUCCUAAACUUUAUGCAUGUCUCCAAGAGUCUUAAAUGGCAUUAGUUAUAAUCUAACAUCUAUGAUUAAACAGAGUUCUGUUAGUUAGUUUCACCUCAGCACCUUAAUGCCAGACUGGUACAUUUACUUCAGUAAUAGAUAUGAGUGAGUUAAGGUCGAAAAUAGCUAUUCAGAUGAUUCCAUUAUAGCAAGAUACAUAUUGUAAUUGGCAUGUUAUAAUUUUUCUUUUGAAGUUCACAGCCAGCAUAGCUGUGAGACGUGAAGGGGUUGUGAUGUCAUAGAUAAUAUAUACCUGAAGAAGCCUGAUAGCAGUUGGGUUAAUCCAUAUCCCUUCAGGUGAGUGUCUAUCUAGGCAUAUGCAAGUAUGGUUGUAGGAUUUGAGGAGGAGUCUAUUUCCACUUGCCUUUUUACUAGAGCCAGUUUUCAGAAGCUUUUCCUACCAAGGUAAAUACUUAUGGAAGCUGAGCUUGAAAUAAAAGAUUUAAUUGAUCUGAAACAUGGUCUGAUCCAGGGUGUAAAAUGGAGGUUGGAGUUGUCAAAUUUUGAACUAUUGCAGUCUAAUGUGUACCUCUGAAAAUUGUUUAAAACUCUGUUCAGAAUGCAUGACUUAAAAAUAAAACCUGUGUAAAUAGUCUGAUUUGUACUUGAUUUCCACUACCAAACAUGUUAAGAGCAGAUUUGACUGGUGAAACUGAGCCUGUAGUUUUUGAAAACUGAAUGUAUCAUUCCAUUGUUUUUACUGCAAGACUGCAUUGUUAUAGUACCUCAUGGUACUAAAAAAGAAUUAAACCUUUGGUUGCAUCACCUUUUUCUUCCCCGUGGUUUUCCUCCAUUUCAUAAGGUGUGCUGCCUGUGCUAUUUUAUCUUCAUCUAUGUUUCAAAGUUUUAUGGAGUAAAUUUAUCAUUGGGAAAUUAAACAAUUACUACAAACUUAUUUUUGAGAUAUUGUACAAAAUAAAGUCCAUUAAUCUCCUAAGUGGAUGGGACAUAAAGGUUGUAAACGCUUACUGGGGACAUUUUAGAAUUCUAUGUAUUGUCUUUUGGGUUGGAAGAAUUAUCAUUAUUGACUAAUAAAAAUGGAAAGGUCCAUAACUAACA